UUUUUUUUUUUUUAACUUAGCAGAGACGGUCUUUUUUUUUAUUCGGACUCUCUCCCUUUCUUUCUACUCCUGUCCGUCUUUCACGACUUUGUUUUCCGCAUUGUGUUGUUGUCACCGCAGUGUUUGAAUAGGAGGGAACUGCGCUGUAUUAUCAUUCAGAUUUUACUGCCGGAGGGGAAGUCACUGCGGUCACACCACCUGUGUUUGUGUGUGUGCAACCCCAUUCUGUGGACGCACUUUUCUACAUUUAGAGGGUCAUAUUAACUGGUUCAGGGUCGGCCUUAAGGUGGGUGUGGUUAUGAGCAGUCCCAUGGCUGGCUCCGCCUCCUCCAGUUCUAAAGACCGUCCAGUUUCCAGGACCAGCUUCAUCCCAGAACUACAGAGCAUGAUGUUUGCGUUGGGAGAUGCUCGGAGGCCUCUGCAUGAGACAGCUGCACUGGUUGAGGACAUUGUGCACACGCAGCUCAUUACCAUGCUGCAUCAGGCCUGUGAGGGGGCAGCACUCCGGGGGUCGAGGGUCAUUUCAGCUGAAGACAUUCUGUUCUUAAUGAGAAGAGACAAGAGGAAGGUGGCAAGGUUAUUAAAAUAUCUCCAGUUCAGAGAUUAUAAAUCCAAGCUACUCAAAAGUCUGGAAGAUGAUGAACCACAGCCAGACACGGACAGGUUUGGCAGUUCUGGUGUUGCCGGCGGUAACCAGCGAAGGCAACGGUUGGCUCAGGACUACCUGGUGUGGAUGGAUCAGACCGGAGAGCUCCUGUCAUUGGCAGAGAGACAGGAAAUCGACCCGGUCAAACAGGAGCGGAUGGAGCGGUUGGAGCGUCAGACGAGAACCAUGGACCAGGCCCAGUACGCCGAGUUCUGCGAGAGCCGACAUCUGAGCUUCGCUAAGAAAGCAUCAAAGUUUCGGGACUGGCUGGACUGCAGCAGCCUGGAGCUCAAACCUAACAGCAUCGCCAUGGAGAUCCUGUCGUACUUGGCGUAUGAGACGGUCGCCCAGAUUGUGGAUUUGUCUCUGCUGGUAAAGCAGGAAAUGACCGCAAAGACCAACCCAGUCAGUCAUGUGAUCUCUGCCAGCUACAUCCACUACAACACACAUGCAGAGGUAAAGAAGGAUCCAGACUCUCCAGAGGCCACACCCCCUUCAACUCCAGGCUCCUCCCACUCGGCCAAGCCCCUCCUACAAGGCAACGGCAGUGUGGAAAGCAGGGCAAGACAGAGGAAACGCAAAAAGAGUUGUCCGGCUGCAGUAGAACCUCCCAGUGGAGCCAUACAGCCCUGUCACAUCCGAGAGGCCAUCAGGAGAUACAACUACAGACACACAAAUGCUUAUUGGAGGAGUGGGAUGGCCUUCCUUGUUUGUUGAAGAUGCACCUCAUUUGAUAGACAACACAAACAUGCCUUUUUCUGCACAGGUUUGUCUUUUGUUUAGUUUUAAGAAAUAAACGCCUUUCAGUAA